CCGUGUCGGUGAGUGUGUCGGUGUGGACACUGGUGGUGGUGUCAGUGGAACGGUAUUACGCCAUAUGUCACCCGUUGGAGUCCCGGGGCUCCCGGCAGACCCUAUCGCACGCCUACAAAGUCAUUGCCAUCGUAUGGUUGGGUUCACUGGUGUUAAUGUCGCCGAUCGCCGCCGUCAGCGAACUGCAACCAAUCGAAAAUACCGUUCCUUG